CCGGUUAUUCAAAAAGCUUGAUGCCAAAUUGAAAAACGAUGCGAUGUCGACAUUUUAUGUCGUAGAUUUAGUGAUAGUUUUGAUAACCAAGUGAGAAGAUGGUUUUUGAAACCGAAAGAUUUGAGUCCAUUCUGAUUGAGUGUAUUGAGUCGAGAAAUGAGCACCAAUUUCAGUACAUCCUAGAUGAGCUGAUAUUGAAUCCGAAUAAACGGCUGAAAUGUUUUGACGGGCUUUCAACGUUCGAAAAAGUUCUGACAAUACCGAAUUCGAGGAAACUCAUCGAGCUAUGCGUUUGCAAUGGAUGCGAUUUUUACAAGAAAAAUCCUGAUGGAAUAUAUCCACUACGCCAUGCCGUUGGUUCACACAGCGCUGACAACCUAAUCGCAAUAUUGAAGCAAUCCGAUGAAUCUUCGAAACCAUUAUGCGACGAUCAUUUUGUGGCGACGCAAUAUUCAGCGAUCAUAAAUGAAAAAUCGGAUGGAGGAAACAACUACCUCCAUCUGUUGGGUAACAACAUAACAGCUGACAAUUACGAAGAACUUUCGAAAAUGAUUAUGGCCAUGCUGGUGAACGGAUGCAACGUGAAUCUACCGAAUGAACAACUAGAAACGCCGUUUUAUUUGCUGUUGAAGAAUCCGGUCGUGGAAAAUGGUUUGUUAAAAUUCAUCAUCGACAGUGCAAGAAUCGACUAUUAUACGCACAAUAGCAAAGAAAUCCAAAUGUUGAUGGAGGAACGAGGAUUGGCAGCCCGAAUGGGUAAGAAAAUGGAUUUUACUGUUGACACGAACUACAUGGUCCAGCAUCUUGACGACUGGAAUGAGACACAAUUGGUCGAUAAUCUUGAACGUUGGAAACGGGACACGAAGGACCGGGACGAUGGGAUCAUAGAACUAUUAGAAGCAGCAAUCGUUAAGAAUUUACCCGAAACGGUUGCCAUUUUAAUGGAUCUUGGUCCGGACAUUAAUGGAAUUUCAAAAAAUAGCAAAUUCGAAAUGACACCGGCAUUUUUGGCCUGUACGAUCGGACACUAUCAAGUCCUGAAGGUCCUACUUAGCAACAAGAAUCUGUCAUUUCAGUCGAUGAGUCUUCAAAGGAAUCUGUUGCAUCAAAUAUUUUCAUCCGAAGCCAUUGAUCCCGUUGAUCGCCAGAAAACUUUCGACUUAAUUAUCGCUGAUCGACGAUGCACGUUGGACGUAAUCAAUCAGGCCGACUCUGAAAAUCGGGUGCCUCUGCUUUUCGCCUGCCAGCAUGAAUGCGAUGACAUUGUGAAGGAGCUGCUGAUACGUGGGGCCUACAUCGGUUAUGAGUCGGUGUUGAAUUAUAUCAAAAAGGACACCCUUGAACAGUUCUUGGAUGAAUGUAUGAAGUGCUCCGGGGACAUCAACGACAGAGACUGUGAAAUUUACAUUGACUACAAAUUCUUGACGCCUCCCGACAGAAAGAAGCCAGAGAUCACGCCGGCCCAUUUAAUUUGUGCAAACUCAACAUUAAAGGAACUUAUCUUACAUCCAGUCAUUGCUUCAUUUGUGCUGCUCAAGUGGCGGAGAAUCGAUUUCAUUGUUUACUUCAACCUGCUGGUCUAUUUCGGUUUCAUGAUUUUUUUGGGCUAUAUCAUCGUGAACUUUCACUAUGUUCCCAGUAGUUUCAAGUACGACGUAGAACAUUGCAACAGGACAUUUGAUUCUCACGACAAAUGGCUUAAAGCAAAGCUGAAAGAUUAUGUUUUCGAUAGUAGUUCGGAGACCAUGAGUAACUCACACAAUACCAUCACUCACUUGCUAUUUAAAAACUAUGACACAAUACAGAGGUUAUACAACAAUAGCAGCAACACCUACAACAACAUUAGCGAAUGGAGCGACUUACAGUUUGACGAAUACAUUAACAGCGUCUUUAGCGAAUGGGAUCGUGUUCGGAAAAAUGAAGAAUGGAAAACUCAAUUUCGACAACAUUUCGCCGACCAUGCGCUGUCUUAUUGGUUCGGAAUUUUUGGACUCACGUUGAUGGCAACCUACGAGGUUGUUCAGUGUGCUAUGUCAUACAAGAAAUACUUUUUCAAGCCGAUUAAUUGGCUGGAUAUUUUGCUGAUACUUAUCUCCUUCUUCGUUCUUAUCGGAAAUGCGAACAUCGAGAGGAAAAUUUUCAAGAGAGUUUGUGUAAUCAUGAUUCUACUGAUGGGCGCUCAGAGUAUUCAGCUCUUUUCCAAAGUGUCCGCUUUUUCAUUGUCCUUGCAUAUGGCAAUAUUGAGCAAAGUGUGUCAAACAUUCCUGAAGACCAUUGCCCCAUAUCUGAUUAUUAUUUUGGCAUUCGGAAUGAGCUUUUUCGCUUUGAAUCAUGAUAACAAUUCAGCGGAAAUGAGCAACGGUGGAGCUACUGAGGAGCAAGGAUUUUCAAAUCCUUUCUUGUCGACAAUUUCCACUAUUAGGAUGAUGUUAUCGGAUUUUGGUGCGGUUACUAUUAGAGGAAACGACCAUUUUCAAGGAAUUCUUUUCGUAGCAUUCAUGAUAUCGAUUUCCAUUGUGCUGUUCAAUCUAUUAAACGCCUUAGCAAUCAGUGAUACCAACGAAAUGAUGGAAGUUGCUGAAUUUGUCGAAAUACAGAAACGAAUUUCUACUCUACGUAGCUAUGAGAGUCUGUACUCGUUCCUCAAGGUGACGUACGCCAAAGUAUUCCCUAAACUGACCACAAUUAUGAUAACACCGAAUAAACAGAGCGCCGUAAAAGUAAAACGAAGAGUGGAAAUGUUAGAAAACGUUACCAUUCUAAUGCAAAAAACCGGAAAAAUCUCUAACUUUGAGUAUCUUUAUGACGAUUGUCUGUUUUGGAAGAAUGCAUCGCAACCUGUAACAUUUGACGAGAAACUCAUUAACAAAAUUCUUAAUUUUGUCAAACACCAAAAACAGAAAGAUUUACAAGAUAUGGAUAAAGUCCUAAACAGCCAAGAAUUGAAUGCGAUUAGAGUCGCUCAGGAAGACAUUUGUAAAGCUCAGGAAGAUAUUUACAAAGCUCAAGCAGACAUUUACAAAGAAUUAUUGAAAAUUACAAGCCAAUACGAAUCGUCGAAGGCAAUUGAGGAAGAUUCACAGAUCCUUCGAUGAACUGAACUCUAUUUCAAUUUACGCUGUAAGCUCACCUUUGACCAUUUUUUUCUCAUAUUGAUGAGAAACGUUGGAAAUAUAAUCAGCAAUUUAUUGAAUGAAUCGAAUGAAAAAAAAACAAACAAAAUUCAUUAAGUUUGCACAAAACAACGAAUCUCCUCUAAUGCGCGUGUUGUGCUAAAAUGUUAUGUUAAAUAAUUUGAAUAAAAAACCGGAAAGAACUCUGAGUAAAAUUAGAUUAUGUAACAGAAGAAGAAUCCGAAUAAAGGCCACGGUUAACAGACUUAU